AAUAGAUUAGUAAUGUGCUAUAACUUUCUCACGAUAUCCAUUCCCAGAGACUGCAUUUAGUUGUCGCUCACAUGUGUCGGUUGUGUGCUGAACGUAUUUUCGUCUAUUUAUUGUGAAUAUUUAUUAACUUAUUAGUAACAAUGAUUAUCUCAACGAACGAAGGCAAUCCAAAUGCGUUAAAAGUAAUAGUUGCAGCUAAAAUAGCCCAACAAUCCUUCACUGUGAAAACGGUGCAACCAAACGCAAGUUUUUUGGGCCGUUUACCUACUAUUGAACUGCCAUCCGGAUCUGUGCUAUUUAGCACGAAUGCAGCAAUGCAGUUCUUAGUACCUCCAUCUGAAGGAUCAUUAAUUAUUAAUAAUAGAUGGUUGGAAUGGGAUAUUUCUCGAUUACAGCCAGCUAUAGUGUGUUGCAGUAAUACAGGAACUGCAAAUAAAUCUUAUUUGUGGACUUUACUAAAAGAACUUAAUGAUGCGCUAAAAGACAGAAAGUACUUAAUUCAGGAUAACAGUGAUUUAUCAUUGGCAGAUGUAUGCAUUUGGGUAACUAUAUGGUCUACUGUAUUAGUUACAGAAGUUGGACAGGAACUAUGUAAAGAAUAUUCAUCUAUUAAGAAAUGGUUAUCAUAUAUCGAGUUACUCCCAGUUAUUCAAGACUGCCUUAAGGAAUACAAGUUUGAAAGAGGCAUUAAAGCAAUUCUCAGUAUUCAAGCUGCAUUUUGGUUUCCUGUUAAUACAGUCAUGAACACACGGUCAUCCAAACCAGCUAGUGAUGUAAGUUUAGCUCAAAUUAGCCCAACUAAAGAAAAGGAAAUUGAAGCAAUUAGUCAAGAAGAAGUUCAAAAUAUCACAAGUAAUUGGUCUUCUAAGUCAUAUCCAGCUAUGAAGGAUUCUCCGUAUCCUGUAUUACCGAAAAAGGGUGAAAAAAAUAUUCUAGUAACAUCUGCGUUGCCCUAUGUCAACAAUGUUCCUCAUUUAGGAAAUAUUAUUGGUUGUGUACUUUCUGCUGAUAUCUUUGCCAGAUACUGCAGACAGAGAAAUUAUAAUACCCUUUUUAUUAGCGGCACUGAUGAAUAUGGUACUGCUACAGAAGCUAAGGCUUUAGAAGAGAAAACAACACCGCAAGCUAUAUGUGACAAAUUUUUUGAUAUACACAAUGAUGUAUAUCGGUGGUUUAGCAUAGGGUUUGAUUAUUUUGGUCGCACUACUACACCUGAGCAAACAGAAAUUGUGCAAUCAUUUUUCUUAAGAAUAAAAUCGCAGGGGUAUGUGUUAAGCGAAACUGUGGAUCAACUCCUCUGCGAAUUCUGUAAUAGAUUUUUGGCAGAUAGAUUUGUAGAAGGGACGUGUCCAAGGUGCAAAUAUGAAGAUGCACGAGGUGACCAAUGCGACGGAUGUGGGCAUCUAGUAAAUGCCACAGAGUUAAUAUCUCCACGAUGUAAAGUAUGCAGCAGUAGGCCUGUCAUUAAAAAAUCGGAACAAUUUUUCUUAGACCUACCUAAGUUAGAGGCUAGAUUAAAAGAGUGGUCUGCAACUGUGGAAAAAGGAUGGUCAGGUGUCGCGAGAGUAGUUGCAAAGCCGUGGUUACGCGAUGGACUUAAACCGCGAUGCAUAACACGGGAUUUGAAAUGGGGAAUUCCUGUUCCAGUAAAGGGUUUCGAAAAUAAAGUGUUCUACGUCUGGUUUGACGCGCCCUUUGGUUAUCUGAGUAUUACAAAGAGAUAUUCGAAGGAGUAUGAGCAGUGGUGGAAACCUAAAGAUGUAAAAGUUGAUUUGUAUCAGUUUAUGGCAAAGGAUAAUGUUCCGUUCCAUGCAAUAAUGUUUCCUGCUUGUUUAUUAGCAGCUAAUGAGGGUCAUACGUUAAUAAAACAUUUAAUGGCGACGGAGUAUCUUAAUUACGAAGAUACAAAGUUUUCUAAAUCAAGAGGUAUUGGAGUGUUCGGCACCGAUGCCAGAGAUACGGGUAUACCAGCUGACGUUUGGCGAUUUUAUCUUGCAUUUGUUAGACCCGAAACUCAAGAUUCUAAUUUUAAUUGGGUGGAUUUAGCGACUAAAAAUAAUAGCGAGUUAUUAAAUAAUUUUGGAAACUUUGUUAACAGAGCCCUGGUAUUUACGGAAAGAUAUUUUGACUCCAAAAUUCCAUCGAUGGAACUUCAAGAAGACGACUUAACACUAUUGGUAUUAGCUCAACGCGAAUUAUCAUCUUACAUACAGGCUUUGGAGCAAGCUAAACUACGAGAUGGUUUGAGGCAUGUGUUAGCAAUUUCUAAACAUGGGAAUCAAUACAUGCAAUUCCAAGAACCAUGGGUGAAAAUCAAAGGAACCGAUGAUGACAAGAAGAGAGCUGGAACGGUCGUUGGCAUUUGCUGUAAUUUGGCGUGUCUCUUAUCAGCUCUUUUAUCCCCGUUCAUGCCUAACACUUCUCGCGAAUUAAGAUCUCAGUUAGGAUUGGACAGUAGUAAUUAUGGUUAUAUCCCUGAUGUUAUUACAAACAUACUUUCAACGGGUCAUAAAAUUGGUAAACCAUCUCCUUUAUUUAAAAAGAUGGAGGACAAAGAUGUAGAAACAUUGAGAAACAAAUAUGCUGGUAAACAAGAAACAGUAAAUAAAACUCAAGCAAUUAAUGUGCAUGACGAUGAAAAAUCUUUAGAAGGUGCAAUAGUGGCACAGGGCAACAAGGUUAGAGAUCUGAAAGCCAAACACGAUAAAAGUGUUUGGUUACCCGAGGUUCAGAUUCUUUUAGACUUAAAAAAGAAACUUACUGAUCUCAAGGGUGGUGAAAGCAAGCCUUCUGUGCCGUCGCAACCGAAAACUAAGAAGCCUGAACCGGUACCUGUACCUGAACAAAAUGGAGAUGUCCCAACGGAUAUAGCAAAUUUGGAAUCAAGUAUUGCUAAACAAGGUAAUCUCGUACGUGAACUGAAAGCCAAGGGGGAUAAAUCUGCAUGGUUACCGGAAGUGGAAAACUUACUAAAACUUAAAAAGCAGUUAGCAGAUCUUACUGGAACUACUCCAGCUCCGACUGACAAGAAGUCUAAGAAAAAGAAAUAACUGACACACUAUCCCGCGUGUAUGCAUUUGUCAUCAUCAGAAAGCUAUCACAAUAUUUUUUAAUAAAACAUCAUCUCCCCUUCUAUAUUAUCCUAACCUUGUUCCGGCGAUACAUUCAUGCUAUAUGGUAUUUUUUUUCAUAUAGUGUAAUCGUGCUGGUUUAUUUAACAAAUUUAAUUUAUAUAUUAAAACUGUACAACUAAG